GCAGUGCUCCGACGGCUCUCUCACUUAGAAUCAAAGUUCUCCAGCCAGAUCGCCAGGGCACAGCAAGAGGCGGAGCGGCUCCGUGAGUCCACUUUGACCUGGGCUGUGGCGCUGGCUAAGGACGCCGCAAUGGCAGAGUUUUCAUUUAUUAUGAAGGGCAUGUCCGAGGUAUUGCAAUCGCAGCUGCGCAGAAUGGACCACCUCGAGGCUCAGUGGCGCGAGGCGGAGCCACUGCAUUGGUCAAAGGUGCCUGUGCCGGACUGCGACACCACCAGCAUCCAGGGCCGCCUGUGCCAAGGGGAGGUGCCGGUGCGGGACUUCCAAACCAGCGGCCUCCAGGGUCGCCUUUGCCAGGUGGAGGAGCUGCUAGAGCGGUGCUGUCAGCACGAAGAGGCUCUGGGCUCGGAGCUCCUGCAGCUGGCAAGGAGGCUUCUCGAAGUGGAGCUUGUGCGCGAUGCCGCCUCGCAAAGUGCGGCCAAAGACGUAGGAGGAGGCCAUGGUGAGCAGGAAGCAAACCUGGAGGCCAUGUUGUCGUCCAUGCAGCUGAAGAUCGACGUCUUGCAGCAG